CACCUCUUUUUUCUUUUUCUCUCUUCUCUUUCACCUCAUUUUUGGCACUGUUAGCUUGUCAAAUUCCUUACUCAUCUUUCACCUCAUCUUUUGCACUGUUAGCUUGUCAAAUUCCUUAAUCUCGAAGAGGCUUUGCUCCUCAACAUAUACACCACAACCUUCAUUGGAGACCCAAACUAGAGAGUGUCACGAUGAGGUGGAGUUUGAUUAUAUAGAAGGGAGUAAGAAAGGUCCAAGUAAAUGGGGAGAGUUAAAAAAAGAAUGGGAGACUUGCAAUUGUGGGAAGAUGCAAUCUCCAAUUGACAUUUCAAGUUGUAAUGUCAAAAUUCAGAGAAAGUUGGAUCACAAGAAAAUUUACAAGCCAUGUAAUUCUACUAUAAAGAAUAGAGGCCAUGCCAUUUCAUUGCAAUGGCAUGGGGAUGCUGGAUCCAUUUGGAUGAAUGGCACAAAAUACUCUCUUCUACAAAUUCAUUGGCAUUCUCCUUCUGAACAUACCAUCAAUGGUAGAAGGUAUGCCUUGGAAUUGCAUAUGGUUCACCAAAGCACUGAUGAGAAGGUGAACAAUAAGAUAGUUGUUAAUGCUGUCCUUUACAAAUUAGGCUUACCAGAUCCAUUUCUUUUUACGCUGGGGAGACACAUAUUUUCAAUGAUGGAUCAAGAAGGUGCAGAGAGGAACUUGGGAAUGAUUAAUCCCAAUUACAUUGCUAAUAUGCAUAGCAAAAGAUAUUAUGAGUACAAGGGUUCACUUACUACCCCUCCUUGCACAGAAGGCGUCACUUGGAUCGUCAACAACAAGGUACAAACUGUAUCAAUAUUUCAAGUGAUGUUGCUCCGAAAAGCUGUCCUUGAUUAUGCUGAAAGUAAUGCAAGGCCACAGCAACCACUUAACAACAGACAGAUCAAUCUUUUACUCUCCAAGCACUAGAGCCCCUCAAUUUUCAAUAAGUGUCAAAAGUCUACUAUUAGUUUUUCAUCUUCUUGAGUCGAUGUUUAGUACCGGCUUUAAGGCUCGACUAAUUCAGAUCCACGCUGGGAAAUCUCAUUUUGGAGAAAGUGCUUUUUAUCAAAGGCGACUCUAUAUCAGGACUCGUACCCCAAAACCUCUGGUUGAGGAUCGAGAAGUACUCAUCGCUAUACCAUAAUCUCUGGUGGUUACUAUUAGUCUAUUGCUCUCUUUCAAAACUACUAUUUUCUUUUCAUAGAAAUGGUGUAAGGAUGUAGUAGAAAGAAGAUGUUUUCAACAUUUGUACUGAAAGUUUAUCAGAAUAUUGAUGGGAGAAUUGAAAUUAUAUUAGAGAGCCUUAAUGAGAAAGAUUGUUUUUCUUUUAUCAAGACCUCUGAUUGAGGGAAUUAGCGAUUUAGAUUUGUUCUUUAAGUAGAGUUUACAAAGCCCAUCAAAGAGUGUACUGGAAUAGAUGGGGUUCCUCCGCUCUUAAUCAGAGGUCUCGACCAAACCUCGGAAAUGAAAAAACUCCUAAUAGAGAGAGAUUUCCCUUAAGUGGGCCUACUCAGCACCAAU